UUCUGUAUUCUACAAUCAUCGCCUUCCUUUUAUGUCAGGUCAUUAUUUCCAUCUUCAGAUCAGUUAAUCAUGUCCUUAAACAUAACUUCCGUUAAAACUUCAUCAAAUGGAGCUUGGCAAGGAGAUAAUCCUCUUCACUUUGCCUUCCCAUUAUUGAUUGUCCAGACUACCUUAAUUCUUGUCGUCAGCCGCUUUUGCGCCUUCCUUCUCAAGCCUCUCCGCCAACCUAAAGUCAUUGCUGAGAUGAUUGGUGGGAUAAUAUUAGGGCCAUCGGCUUUGGGACGAAUUACAAACUACAAGAACUUGAUUUUUCCAAAUUGGAGUAUUCCAAUACUCGAUUCUGUAGCAAGCAUUGGUCUUUUGUUUUUUAUUUUCCUUGUAGGUCUCGAGCUCGAUUUAUCAUCACUUCGCCGGAGUAGCAAGCGUGCUUUUGGCAUAGCUUUUGCCGGAAUCUCUCUCCCUUUCGUCUCUGGAAUAGGCAUAGCCUUCAUUCUUCGAAAGGCAGUCAAAGGGCAAGACCAAGUCGAUUAUGUUCCAUUCUUCCUAUUCAUGGGAGUUUCACUUUCCAUCACGGCUUUCCCUUUACUCGCCCGGAUUCUAGCAGAGGUCAAACUAUUAACCACUAAUAUAGGCCAGAUCGCCAUGGCUGCCGCUGCGUUCAAUGACGUCGCUGCAUGGAUAUUACUUGCAUUAGCCGUCGCUAUGGCCGCAGACAAAAACAAAAGUCCAUUAAUAUCAAUAUGGGUACUUCUUUCGGCUCUUGCAUUUGUUAUUUUUAUGUUAAUAGUGAUCCGACCCGCCAUGGCAUGGGUUGCCCGUCGCUGCUCGCCGGAACAUGACGUGGUGGAUGAAGCUUAUAUAUGUUUGACCUUAGGCGGUGUAAUGGUAUCAGGAUUUAUAACUGAUGUUAUAGGAAUACAUUCGAUUUUUGGUGCAUUUAUUUUUGGAUUAACGAUUCCUAAAGGAGGAGAAUUUGCGGAGAGAUUGUUAGAGAGGAUUGAAGACUUUAUUUCUGGUUUGCUUCUUCCAUUGUAUUUUGCGUCGAGUGGAUUAAAGACAGACGUGGCUACGAUUCGCGGUGGAAGAGGGUGGGGGCUUUUGGCUCUUGUUAUAACGACGGCGUGUGCUGGGAAGAUUAUCGGAACGUUUGUUGUUGCGAUGAUGUUUAUGAUUCCGGUGAGAGAGUCGUUGACGCUCGGUGUCUUGAUGAAUACUAAGGGAAUGGUAGAACUUAUCGUCCUCAGAAUUGGCAAGGAAAAGAAAGUGUUAGGCGACGAAGUAUUUGCCAUUUUAGUACUAAUGGCAUUCUUCACUACCUUCAUAACAACUCCAGCAGUCAUGGCAAUCUACAAACCGGCGCGUCGUAGCAAUGCAACGUCCACACCCACUACUUGUCGCAAGCUGGGCGACUUAUCUUCAACAAAUAACUUCAAAGACGAGCUACGCAUUCUUGCAUGUCUUCAUGGUCCAGGAAACGUACCCUCGCUCAUUAGCCUGAUUGAGUCAAUUCGCAGUACAAAAAAAUCCCAACUCAAACUGUUUAUUAUGCACCUCGUUCAACUCACUGAGCGAUCCUCUUCCAUCAUCAUGGUUCAACGUAUGCGGAAAAAUGGACUGCCUUUUAUUAACCGUCUGCGCCGUGGAGUGUGGCAUGAUCGGGUGGCCGGAGCAUUCCAAGCUUACAGUGAGCUUGGUCGGGUAUCGGUUCGACCCUCAACAACUAUAUCUCCAUUGUCAACUAUGCAUCAAGAUAUCUGCCAUGUGGCAGAGACUAAAAGAGUGACUUUGAUUAUUUUGCCUUUUCACAAACAAUGGAAAGCCGGGGAUGAUGGUGUGGAGGUUAUAGAAAAUGUAGGCCAUGAAUGGAGAGGGGUUAAUCAGAAAGUUUUAAAGAAAUCGCCAUGUUCAGCAGCGAUCUUCGUUGACCGUGGAUUUGGGAAUGGGCCCCAAACUCCAGAACCUAAUGGUGUUGUGGCACAUAAGAUAUGUGUUAUAUUCUUUGGCGGAGGAGAUGAUCGCGAGGCGUUGGAGUUGGGUGGUAGAAUGGCAGCGCAUCCGGGGAUUAAGGUUAGUGUUGUGAGAUUUUUGGAAAAAGAAGCGGUGCAGAGCAAAGCUACUUUGUCAUUACCUUCUUCUCCAUGGUAUCAUAGCUACAGCUUUUCUACAGCAACAAUCAACCCAGAAAAACAAAAGGAAAUGGAUGAUAGUGCACUGGCAGAAUUUCGAAGGAAGUGGGAUGGAACAAUAGAAUACAUAGAGAAGGCAGCUAAUAACAUUGUACAAGAGGUUUUAGAAAUAGGAAGAAGCAAAGAUUAUGAUCUUAUUGUUGUUGGGAAAGGGCGGAUUCCGUCAACUAUGGUGGCAGAAUUGGCACACCACCACCAACCAGAGCAUGCAGAGUUGGGGCCAACUGGGGAUAUGUUAGCCUCGUCGAGGCACGGUGUUUUGUCUUCUGUGCUUGUAAUUCAACAACAUGUUUUAGCACAUUCAGAGGAGGUCUGAGAAACAUUUCAAAAAGGUAGUACUUUUCCAGCACCUUCUAGUAAUAAUAUACAUGAAGCUUAUCAAAAAAAAAAGUUUAUGAACUUUUAAGUUGUAAUUCAUUACAAAAUCUUGUAUGAUAUCUUUUAAAAUAUUUUAAGUAUCAGUCUCGCAUUGUGAUUGGGCAACAUUUCAUUAUAUAUAUUUUUAAUAUUUAAGUUUCAGAAA